AUGCCGCCCGCGCGGCGGCGACGCCCGCCUAAACCGCCCACGCGUCCGUCUGGGGCGAUCGAGGUCCUAAACGUUCGCGUAAAGAUUGAAACCGACGACGAAGACCACUCCAACGCAAACUGGAUUCAUCGAAAACUCGGCUCGCGCGCGGACGAAUCAGGGACGGAGGGCGAUUCCGAGAGCGUCACGUACGGCGUCGAUGGUUUAGGUAUCGUUCCGGGCGCUCGAUCGGGGAAGAACGCGGAUGGAGAGGCGGCGUCGAUGCAGGUUUUACACAUGACGGAGCAACGCGCGGAGAGCGUGCGCGAGCUCUUGUUGAGGCGCGUCGAGGAGGACGAGGCGCGCUUGGGCGCGUCCGGGGCGGUGGAGGUACAGAAAUCCGAAGUCGAGAUCGCGCGCGAGCGAUUGGCCUCGGCAGAUCUCUCGGGACCGAUCGUUCGAGGGCGGGCAGAGGGGUUGGCGAGCGGGACGGCGCCACGACGGAUGGCUUCAGCGGCGACGGUUUUGGACGCGAUUAGUGAACAGGAGCGACACAGCGCGCGCGUCGCCGCGAAGGCGGCGAAAGCGUUGUCGGAGAGAGAGGAAGCUGAGAGGGUUUUGCGGGAAAAACGCAUGAGGGAGGACCGGCUACGGCGUCGAGUGCUCGAGAAGGGAUUCGAUGAGGAGUGGACGGAAAAGGCGAUACGCGCGAACCCAGAGGUGGGAGAAACUAAGAAGCACGCCCUCGAGAGGCUGAGCUCGAUAUUGGAUUGGUUGUGCAUUCGAGUACCGAAAGAUGAUAUGCCCGAGGCGUUCGCGCGUCUGAGUGAGACGACGAAUAACGUAGGAUCGAAGACGUCCCUCGACGUCGGCGCGACGACUGUGGUGAACUCGGCGACAGUGAGCGAUACUCGCGUGGAUGAUCCGUAUGUCGUUCUGCUCCAGCGGGCGAUGCUCGGGCGUUUAAUUUCUAUGGGAUUUUCGAGGGCAGAAUCUCGCGAGGCGUUGGAGUCGGCUGGAUGGGUGGAGGAAGAUGCCACGUUUGCGCUGCUGAAAGCGUUACAACCAGUCGGACAGACGACGCAGACGGGAGCUGACAUCGACGCGAUGAAGGAAGAGCGCGCGGAAGAAGCCAUGGCGUUAGAGGCAAUCUUAGAUACAAGUUUCAAGAUUGAAGACGAGGGGAAGUUUUGGAGGAUUCGAGUCGAUCUGGAAGAGGACGCGAACGGCGUUCAGUGGUUGCCGUGCGAGCUUGAGGUCCAUUUUCCUACGGAUAAUGUGUACCCCGCGGAAGCACCUCUACUGGUCGUUCGUCACGAAAAGCUGCCGUUACAAGUGCGCCGCUCGGUUAACGCGACGAUAGCUGCGCAGGCGAGCGCGUACAUGGGUGAGCCCGCCGUGUACGCGAUGGUCGUGUGGCUGCGAGAGAACAUGCCGACGAUUCUCGCCGAACGCGGCAUUCUCGACGACGAGUCCAAACGCGUGCAGAUCGAUGAGGACGAAACGAUCUCUGAUGAAUUCGUGCUCAGAGGCCUCGGUGCGCACAUCAAAAGGACGUACGCGCGAUUGGAUGCAGAUAAAGCAAAGGAGGAGGAGGCUGAGGCAGAGCGGCGAAAGCGAAUUGAAUAUUUUCGAGCGAUGAUGGCUGAGGAGCAGGUCCGGGCCGAGAAGGAAGCGGAAGAGCCUGCGGAAGCGAAGCGAUUAGAAUCUAGAGAGGGAGACCAAGAGUUUGGGAACGUUGAAGAUAAUUCGUUGGAGGCGAAGCUGGCACGUUGGGAGCGCGAGCACACGCAUCGUCUGCAAGCGGCAAGCGCGCGUGCAACAAAAGUGAAGAAGAAAAUUGUCCCGAACGCACACAAGGCACAAGCAAGUACACAUGAAGCGCAUCCUGCGGGUAGCAAGCCAAAGGCCAAGCUAGGAUGGCUUGCGAACCAAGUGAAGAAGGCGGGACUGGACACGUCGGCGACAGCGGACGAUGACGAGGAAGAUGCGCUCGCGACAGCGACAGCGAGUGUCCUGGCUGGCGUAUCAAGCACUCGCAUGGAGAAGGAAAGCAUCGCGCAAAAAGCGGAGAUUAGUCGAAAACUACUCGAACUGGAACUCGCGAAAGAGAAAUCAAAAGAGUGGAGAGACAUGCAAGAGGUGAGAAGGAAGCUUCCUGCGAGUGAAUUGAAAUCUGUGGUCCUUGAAUCCAUCGAAGCCUCCAGCGCGGCGGUGAUCAGCGGUGCAACAGGCUGUGGUAAAACCACGCAAGUGCCGCAGUUCAUAUUCGAAGAAGCUAUCAGGGCUGGCAAGGGCGGAGAGACAAACAUAAUCAUCACGCAGCCUCGCCGUCUUUCUGCAAUCGCAGUUGCGGAACGUGUCGCGAAUGAAAGAUGUGAACGGAUCGGCGAUAGCGUUGGUUACAGCAUCCGAUUGGAGAGUAGGCAAAGCGAAAAGACUCGCAUGCUAUUCUGCACUACCGGUAUUCUAUUGCGUCGUUUGCAAACCGACCCAAAUUUGACGGGUGUUUCGCACGUCGUUGUCGAUGAGGUUCACGAACGUGAUCUACUCAGCGACUUCUUGCUCGUGAUUCUUCGUUCUCUCACGGCGAGAAGAAAAGACUUUCAUCUCGUUGCUAUGUCUGCGACGGUCAACGCCGAAUUAUUUAAGAACUAUUUUGAAGGACAUCUUCACACGACAUGUCCAGUUGUCGAGAUCCCGGGAAGAACGUUUCCCGUGACAGAGUACAGGUUGGAGGAUGCGAUAGAAGCCACCGGAUAUGUUUGCGAGCCAGACAGUGAAUUCGCACUUGGAGUUGAGCCCAGUCGCGGUGGACGAGUGUUCAAAAUGCCGGGUGCGGGUGGCGCUCGAGGCGCCGCGCUUCGUGAAGCCGUGGAAGACUCGUUUGAACGCACCGCGAUGAGUGAAGUUCGUCAGGAGACGCGCGACAUGUACCCCGAGUACAGUGAGACUACUUGGAAAAGCUUGCAGACGAUAGAUGAAGAGAAAAUCAAUUACGAAUUGAUGGAGUCUCUCGUCGCGCUGAUUGCUGAUGAAUACGAAGAAGGAGCCAUCUUGAUAUUCUUACCAGGUAUGGCAGAGAUCCGCACUCUUCACGAUCAGCUCCGUGCAAACUUGGAAGAUGUCGAAAAGCGCUUCUUGCUCAUUCCGUUGCACUCAACUCUUAGUUCCGAAGAGCAGCGUCUGACGUUCAGUCGCCCUCCACCGGGUGUGCGCAAGGUGGUCAUGGCGACGAACAUCGCAGAGACAUCUAUUACGAUUGAAGACGUCGUAUUCGUCAUUGACAGCGGACGUGUACGCGAGACGCAGUACGAUCCAGUGACAAGAAUGUCUGCGCUCGUCACAGCGUGGUGCAGUAAAGCAAGCAGUAGGCAGCGGCGAGGUCGCGCUGGCCGUGUCCGCGAAGGCUACUGCUUCCACAUGUACAGCACAAAGACGGAAGCCACGGUACUUGAAGAUUUUACGACGCCAGAAAUUUUGCGAACGCCGUUGGAUGCUCUUUGCUUGCAGAUCAAGAUUUUGGGGCUCGGCGACAUUCGCAAGUUUUUGUCCAUGGCGAUUGAGCCUCCUCCCGAGGACGCCAUCGCGUCAGCGCUGAAGUCCUUGUACGAGCUCGACGCCGUGGACUCCAAGGACGAGCUCACGGCGCUUGGACACCAUCUUGCCGAGCUCCCCGUCGACGCACGACUCGGUAAAAUGAUGCUUUACGGCGCGAUGUUCUCUUGUUUGGAUCCUGUGCUUACAAUAGCCGCGGGAGUUGGAUUCAGAUCGCCCUUCAUGGCUCCGAUGGACAAGCGCGACGAGGCGGACGCCGCCAAGCGCAAAAUUGCCGCGGACGCAAGCGACCACCUCACUUUGGUGCGUGCUUACGCCGGAUGGGUGCACGCGCGAGCAAAAGGCCGAGGCUUCGAGCGCGACUAUCUCUCAAAACUUUUCCUCUCUGGGCAGACGUUGAAGCAGAUUUCGGAGAUGCGACAGCAAUACACAGAAUUGUUGGAUCAAAUUGGAUUUCUACGUUCUGGCGCGGGCGUUCUCGGUGACGCUCCUUCACCAGUUCUUGCGCCGAAAAUAACGACGAAAGGUCGUCGGCAUAGACUGGAGAGCGCUCUCUCCGAGGCAAGCGUGAACGCGGGCAACGAAGCGCUCGUGCGCGCAGUAAUCUGUGCCGGACUGUAUCCCAACGUCGCAUGCGCCAGCGCUCAGGCUAAGACGGACGAUAGUCGUGCGAGAUCGCGGUAUCCCUCCAGUUCCGUCACCGUGCGCACGAAACACGACAGCGACGUUCAUCUGCACCCGACGUCGGUGUGCUACGGCUUGAAUCGCUUCGAUUCGCCAUUUCUGCUCUAUCACGAAAAAGUGCGAACGACGAAGGUGUACCUUCGAGACGCCACGGCCGUUGGAUCGUAUCCCCUCCUCCUAUUCGGCGGGAAGAUCAAAAUCGAUCACGAGCGAUCGAAAGCAUCUUGCGACGGUUGGAUCCACUUUAAAUCCGCCCCGCGCGUGGCCGUCCUGUUCAAGCACCUGCGUGCCGAACUGGACGCGCUCCUCAUGGAGAAAAUCGCGUCUCCCGACAUGGAUAUCUCCCAUAGACUCGAUGUCGUUCGAGCCAUCGUCGAGGUCUUAGAAUCUGAAUCCGAAUCCGCGCUCGAGGCCACGGCGAUGGACGACGCAUCGAAAGAAUAG